GGUUUUAGUCUCACAGGGAAUGUCUCUGAGAUAUUUUGGGUCGUUGCAUUUGUGACAGAUCUAUGUCCAUGUUCCCAGGGAAGACAAAACCCACCCCAGAAUUUGUUCUCUCUGGGAGACGGACGUUUCAGACCAUCCUUUCUACAGCAGAUCAAACCCAUCCCCUUGGUGUAGGAGCUGAUGUUAUCUAGAAACCCUUAGAAAAUCAACAGGAAGAGCCAUUUCAGGAGUACAGUCACACAAAAGUAUUGUUUUCAAAGAAGAAGGGGCCUGGAGGUGUUGGCAUGAGUCCCACCAAGUCAAGAAGUCUGCAGGAAUAAGAGAAUUUUUUUCUGUCAUUUUCACUACUUUGGCAUUAAUCACAGAGAGCAACACCCAAGGACAUGUUUAGGGAUAGGGCUACUCUGAAAUUUCUCUUUAAAAUGUGGUUUUUUGAAGUCUAACACCCUGUUUCUUUCUUUGAAGGUGCAGCACCCAUGUUUCUUGUCCAACAUCACAAGCUGGGCCAUGAUUUGAGCUUGUUUUCUCACAGGAUUUCUCCUGUGCAGGCUUUUCAGCCUCAUGCCCAGCCCUGCUUCCAGUGUCCCUUCGACUGGAUCAGGUACAGAGGAAAAUGCUACUAUUUUUCGGAGGUUGAGGGGAACUGGACAUCCAGCCAGGACAACUGCUCAGCCCUAGGUGCUUCCUUGGCCAUUCUGGACAGCAUGGAGGACUUGAGCUUUGUCAUGAGAUACAAAGGCAUCUCAGAGCAUUGGAUUGGUCUUUUGCGGGAGGAUGAGGAGCAGCCGUGGCAAUGGGUGAACCACUCACUUCUAUCUCAGCUGUUUCAAAUCCGUGGUGGUGGGCUCUGUGCUUACCUGGAUGACAAUGGGCUCAGCUCCUCCCACUGCAGCACUGAGAGGAGCUGGAUUUGUAAUAAACAUGAGCUGCAGAGCUCAGGCAAGGGCAACAGGAUGAGACGGCCUCCAAACCUCUGUGUCAGCUCCUUGGGUGCUGCAGGGAGGCCUUCCCACACCCAGAUAUCUGCUGCACCCUAGGGACAUGAAAGAAAACCUCAAAGAGGUUUUGAACCCCCUGGGCAAGGGGUUAUUGGGAUUUCCAGGGGACCAACAAGGUGUUGGUGGGACAAGACAGCCUUUGGGGACCCAUGUG